UUCAGAGUCAGGUAGACGAAAUUCACUGGAUUGGAAGCAGAGGUAUGACAUAAUUGCUGGCAUUGCCCGUGGCUUGCUUUACCUUCAUGAAGACGCGCACAUUCCGAUCAUCCACCGUGACAUCAAGGCCAGCAAUAUCCUUCUAGAUGAUAAAUGGGUGCCCAAGAUAGCUGAUUUUGGCCUGGCCCGCCUCUGUCCAGAAGAUGAAACACAUGUUCACACUCGUGUAGCUGGUACCAAUGGAUAUAUGGCACCAGAGUAUGUCAUGCAUGGCAAUCUAUCUAAGAAAGCAGACGUAUUUAGCUUUGGGGUAUUGGUUUUGGAGCUGAUCAGCGGUCAGAAGAACUCAACAUUUAACCUAGAUCAUGAUUUCCAGGACCUACUUGACUGGGCAUAUAAACUUUACAAGAAAGGCAAGAGCUUCGAGAUUAUGGACCCUAUGUUGGCAUCAUCAGCAAUUCCUGAUCAGGUAGCAUUGUGUGUAAAGAUCGGGUUGUUAUGUACCCAAAGUGAUCCACAGUUACGGCCCACAAUGCCUCGUGUAGUAGUAAUGCUAUCAAAGAAACCAAGCAGCCUCGACGAACCAACGAGACCUGGAUGCUAUGGUUCAAGGCCUAGAAGAUCUCGAAGGCCUACUACUACAUCAUCCUCCACUGCUGGAACAUUCAGUGAAUCCAGUUCUCAUUCAUAUGGUUCCACCACCAAAACCAAGAGUGUUACAGCAACUACAAGCACAUCAACCUUUACAAGCCCUAGACAAUACGACCCUCAAGGAAAACGGCCUAUGCAAGGUUAGGUCUAUUCUUAUAGGAGAAUUUGUUAUUCAAUUUGUAAAUUAAUUUUGUGUUGUUGUUUCAUUGGUAUGUACAUCAUUAGGUAAUUAGUUAAAUUUGUGAUUAGGAAUACCAGUUACUUUGGUUAUUCAUAAAAACAGUGAUCUAGUGUAUGGAAAAGUUGAAGGAGAGACAACUAAUAAAACCACUUGUG